AUGAAGCUCAAGACUUCAUUUUUACUAAUCUUCUCUUCUUUCCUCAUAUCCUUUGAUGCUGUCUCUGCACAAAUCUGCUCAAAUCAAUACUUCAAACCCAAUACCACUUACGACUUAAACCGUCGUCUGAUCCUCUCUUCUCUUACUUCCAACGUCACAACACACAACGGGUUCUUCAACUCCUCGUUUGGUCAAGAUCCCAACCAAAUCUUCAUCAUUGGCAUGUGCAUCCCAGGAACUAAACCAGACACUUGUUCAGAUUGCAUCAGAGACGCAUCAGACAGCUUGUUACAGAGCUGUCCCAACCAAACAGAAGCUUACACAUGGCCAGAUACUUGCAUGGUACGUUAUACCAACAGUUACUUCUCUGGAGAGCUAGUUACAGAGCCAUCUGAAGUUACUGUCAACAACAACACCGGAGGAGAUAUCAUCAACUAUAAUAUAACUGUAUUUGAUAUAAUCGGAGAGGACCUGAUGUCACGUACGGUAACACCAGCUCCGGGUCGUGGACAUAAGUACUAUGCAGCUGAUGUUGCUUCCUUGGCAGAUUUACAAACUAUGUACGCCAUGAUGCAGUGUACACCUGAUGUUCGUCCAGGGUUUUGUGGGCUUUGUCUGAGAGAUAAUCUUGAUGAUUAUAAGUCAUGUUGUCGUGAUAAACCAGGUGGUUCUAUCGUAAGACCGACUUGCUUUAUCCGUUGGGAUUUGCGUCCUUUUGCUGGAGCUUUUGAGAAUAUUACAUUGCCCCCGCCACCGCCACCGCCUUCUUUGACUCCCCCGGUUAGAGAGAGUGCAAAUACAACCGGAAAAGAUGGAAAGAAAAUUUCAAUAGGGAUUAUUAUAGCAAUUGUUGUCCCUAUCGUCGUUAUCUUGGUACUUCUUGUUGUAGGAGUUUUGGUUUGGAGGAGAAAGAAAUUACACCAAGAAGUAGUCCAAGUUAAUGAUAAGAUCACAUCAGUAGACUCACUGCAAUUUGAAUUUAAGACUAUUGAAGCUGCAACUGAUAAGUUUUCAGAGAGUAACAUGAUCGGUCGAGGUGGAUUUGGUGAAGUUUACAGGGGAAUGCUUACAAGUGGAACUGAAGUAGCGGUGAAGAGACUGUCGAAAACAUCGGGACAAGGCGCGGAAGAGUUCAAGAACGAGGCUGUUCUUGUUACAAAGCUUCAACAUAGGAAUCUUGUUAGACUUCUUGGCUUUUGUUUGGAAGGAGAAGAAAAGAUACUCGUAUACGAGUUUGUACCUAACAAGAGCCUCGACUAUUUCCUCUUUGACCCUACGAAGCAAAGGGAACUAGACUGGACAAGACGGUACAACAUUAUCAAAGGAAUAGCUCGAGGACUUCUAUAUCUGCAUCAAGAUUCACGGCUUACAAUCAUACACCGUGAUCUCAAAGCGAGUAACAUUCUCUUAGAUGCAGACAUGAGUCCCAAGAUCGCUGAUUUUGGCAUGGCGAGGCGUUUUGAAGUUGAUCAGUCUCAUGCCAACACAAGAAGAAUCGUUGGAACAUAUGGUUAUAUGUCUCCAGAAUAUGCAAUGCGUGGCCAUUUCUCUACUAAAUCUGAUGUGUAUAGCUUUGGAGUAAUGAUUCUUGAGAUUAUAAGUGGCAAAAACAAUAGCAGCUUCUACCACAUUGAUGAUGAUGCUACUAGCAAUCUGGUCACACAUGCUUGGAGGCUUUGGAGAAAUGGGUCACGAUUAGAGCUUGUGGAUCCGACGAUAGAAGAGAGUUAUGAUCGUGAUGAGGCUACUAGAUGCAUCCAUAUCGCACUUUUAUGUGUUCAAGAAAAUCCAGCAGAUCGUCCAACGUUGUCGGCGAUCAUCUUGAUGCUCACUAGUAUCGCAACCUUUUUACCUGUUCCUCGAGCUCCCGGAUUUUGCCUCUCAAACGUGAGUGAUGUAACAAGCAGGACUAUUACGGGUUCUAUCAAUGAUGUGACGAUUUCUGGUCUAGAUCCUCGUUGA